AUGGUCGUAGUAGGAGCGGACAGGGUAGAGCAGCAACAGCAAGAUUACAGCGACACUAGAAUCCUCCAUAUCCUACGGCGACUGAAGCUAGUUGACCUUAUAGAUCGGCUAGGUGGCCUCGACAGCCCACUUAACGCCGAGCGGCUCUCGCAGGGCCAACGCCAGCUUCUGUGUAUCGCCCGAGCCAUACUAGCCGGCAAGCGCAUCAUCCUAAUUGACGAGGCGAGUAGCAACGUCGACGAACGGUCUGAGAGGCUUAUCGGGGAGGUCAUGCGCGACGAGUUUGCCAACUACACUAUCAUCGCCGUUGCGCAUCGGCUCGGUGCUGUCGUCGACUUUGAUCGUGUUGCUGUCAUGGGUGGGGGUCGGCUUCUCGAAUGGGAUAGUCCUCGCGCACUCCUGAAGCGGGAAAGCGAGUUCAAGAGGCUUUGGGAUCUUAGAUCGAGUUAG